UUGGAGUGUUUCUGAAAAUGUUUUUUUCAAGUCUCUUGGUAUUUCAUUGAAUCCAAAAUACGAGGUGUGGCAAUAAAGAAACCGGAUUCAUGCUCUAAUCCUUUAUUAAAAAAAAAUCAGACAAUUGAAAUGUUGUCCCCUUCAAUGUAGUCCCCUUCCCGAUCCCUACACCGCUCCAUGCAAAUUUUCCAUUUUUGGAAGCAGUGCUGCAGGUCUUCUUGUGUUAUGCUGUUCAAGAAUUGCGUUGCUUUUUUUUUUCACUGCAUCCACGGACUCGAAUCUGGUUCAUUUGAGUGCAGAUUUGACUUUCGGGAAGAGAAAAAAGUUGCACGGUGCUAGAUCCGGCGAGUACGGUGGAUGUUCCAUCACUGGAAUGUUGUUUUUCGUCAACUGCGCUCAAAUGAACCAGAUUCGAGUGGCUCUAUACAUGUAUCACUGAAAUAUAACUUUGAUGUUUUUUCCAGAAUUAUUAGAAUUUGUAAAAAAUGGAUAAUAAACGAUUCAAUCCAUAUGUCAGCGUCGAUGUUGAAGAAGAAAUUGUUAUCUCUGGUAUUGCCGGGCGAUUUCCUAACUGUAACAAUAUAAAAGAAUUUCAGGAAAAUAUUUUUAAUAAGAUGGAUCUUGGUUCAAACGAUCAUCAACGCUGGACUAAUUUCCUGACAGAUAUUUAUCAAAUACCUCCUCGAAUAGGAAAAAUAAACAAUAUACACAAGUUUGAUGCAGGAUUCUUUGAUUUACCAGCUUCAGAAGUUCAUGUACUUGAUCCUGGAAUCAGAAUAUUACUCGAGCAUACUUACGAAGCAAUCAUUGAUGCGGGUGUAAAUCCUGCAGAAUUACGAGGAACAAACACAAGCGUUAUCACAGCAAUAAGUCUUUGUGAUACAUUUCAAGAUUUAAUAUACGAUAAGUCUCACAUGGAUCAAUUUGCUGGAUUACCCAUUCUUGGAAAUAGUAAAGCCUUGGUAGCAAAUCAAAUUUCUUAUUGGCUUGGCGUUACUGGACCCUCAUAUAACAUCGAUACUGCAUGCAGCUCGAGUCAUUUCGCUAUGGUGGAGGCUUAUAAGAUGAUUCGAGCUGGCGUUUGCGAAGCGGCGAUUGUCGCUAGUGUUAAUAUGUGCCUCCAUCCUUUUACAACUCUUCAGUUUUUUCGUCUGGGAGUUCUAUCUGCUGAUGGUUAUUGUAAACCUUACGACGAGAAAGGAACUGGUUACAUGCGUAGUGAUGCAGCUGUAGUAUUGUAUCUACAAAAAGCAAGAGAUGCAAGGAGAAUCUAUGCAACCUAUAUUUAUGGUAAAACCAACUGUGAUGGUUUUAAAAAAGAAGGUAUUACUUUUCCAUCAUAUGACAAACAAAUGUUAUUGAAAGAAUUUUACGAAGAAUGUGGUAUCUCGCCUCUUAAGUUAUCUUAUAUGGAGGCUCAUGCAACUGGUACUUUAGCCGGCGAUCCGAUAGAACUUCAAGCUAUUGAUGAAACUUUAUGCACCAAACGAAACUUUCCUCUGUUAAUGGGUUCAGUGAAAUCAAAUAUUGGACACCCCGAACCUGUUAGCGGUCACUGUCAAAUUGCAAAAGUUUUAAUAGCCAUGGAAACUGGUAUAAUUGCCCCUAAUAUACAUUUUAAAUGUCCACGAAAAAAUAUGACUGCUAUUAUUGAAGGAAGAGUAAAAAUAGUAACUGAACCGACAAAAUGGGAUGGUGGUUAUGUCGGGGUUAAUUCUUUCGGAUUUGGUGGUGCUAAUUGCCACAUAUUACUAAAAUCAAAUCCGAAAACUAAAAUCAGUAGAACAGAUAAUAAUUUACCUAGGCUUGUAGCUAUAUCUGGACGUACCGAAGAAGCAGUUAAAAUUAUAUUAAAUGAUAAUUAGAAGAUUAUUUCUAGUAUGAUGGAACCAUAUCCUUUUACUUUGGAUUUUGCGGAGGAGGAGAGUAAUUUUUAAAUAGAAAUCCCCUACAAGAAUAACCUCAAUCGAUAAGUCUCAAAAAAAUGAAUCCAAUGAACUAUGAUAUUAAAAAUUUAUCUGCAAUACUACGCCUGCAACGAAUUUUGAAAAAUCAAACAAUUUGUUCCGGGUGAAGUACCUUGUACUUAUAUAGAAUAUUCUAUUUUAACUUUUGAUUUGAAAGAAUCUCGCACAAAACAUACAGAUUUUAGCUUUCAGUAAAAUUGGCUAAAACUGUAGUGUGUAUAGUACUUACUUAAGUCACUGUUCAGAAGUUUCUUUAGACAAAAAGCUUGAAAAUGGCUAGUUUUUUUUAUAUAGCCAUUUUUAUAUGGCCAUUUAGUAGAAUUUUAGCAUUAUUUG